AUGCCAGCCGUUGGCGACCAACAUCGAGCAACCCCAGCAUGCGUAAUGAUGCCUAACACAACCGGAACGAUGUCAGGAAAUCCAUUCGAAGAACCCCAACGCCGAAUGAAUGAAUACACCGCGAAAGAAAUCGCUACUCUCCAAGCACGGCUCGAUAAGAAGUUGGGACCCGAGUACAUUUCGUCGAGACCAGGUGCUGCGGGACAGCGGGUACACUAUCUCUCUGCGGAUAAGUGUAUUAAUCUUGCGAAUGAGGUGUUUGGGUUUAAUGGGUGGUCGAGUUCAAUCCAGAAUAUUCAGAUUGAUUUCGUCGAGGAGAGCCAACAUACUGGGAAGAUUAGCUUAGGAUUGUCUGUUAUCGUGAAGGUAACGCUGAAAGAUGGAACUUUCCAUGAGGAUAUCGGCUACGGACACAUUGAAAACUGCAAAGGGAAAGCCGCUGCUUUCGAAAAGGCCAAAAAAGAAGGGACAACAGAUGCUCUGAAGCGUGCACUUAGGAACUUUGGCAAUGUUCUGGGCAACUGCAUUUACGACAAAGAUUAUGUUUCAAAAGUGACGAAAGUGAAAUCUGCACCUGCAAGAUGGAAUCCAGACGAUCUUCACCGUCAUCCUGAUUUCGCUCCAGUCAAGAAAGAACCCGCGCCGCCAAAGCCUUCGCCUCAUGAAGAUGAUGAUCUUCCUCCUCGUCCUGCUGAUGCUGCAAGACCCCCUGCGAAAGUCGAUACGUUUGAUGGCGAUGGAGAGUUUGGAAGUGACUUGUUCGAUGAAGCCGAUUUUGGUGUGGCUGAGUCCGGUAAUCCAGAUGAAAUUACACUGGAACCAGAGCCACAAGCGAAGCAGCAACCUUUCACGCCCGGUAUGAAUGGCCGAAAUUUUCAACCAAGGCCUCCAGCAAAUUUGCCAGGGCCUCCCAGUGGCCCCAACCCAGCAGCUGUGACGCCUUCUAAGCCGGAAAGACCUUGGAACCCAGUACCGCCACAACAAGCGUCCGUCCCUCCGCCCAAUGGGCGCCCAAAUCCUGCACUUAAUGAUCCAAGUCUAAGACGACCUACUCCUGCACCCGCACCUCAAAACUUCCAGAAUCCGUCAACAGCACAACCAGGUCAACCAAGACCCAAUCAGGGUCUAGAUACAAAUAACACAGAUCCUAUCAAACGCGAACCUGGUCAAAACGCGGACAUGCCUCCACCAGGAACGCCAUCUGCUUCGUUCUUCUCAGCUCGAGCAGUCGACAUGUUACGAGACAACCCGAAUGUCCCGUCCGGCGCACCGCAAUUCGACCCGCAUGCCCAAAGUCCCUCCAUUCGCAAGACAGCAGGCGUCGAUCACAGCAAAAGCGUCCCCAUAUCAAAACCAAUGGUUGCCAGCGCGUCUCCAGCCGCAAACAACACACGAGACUUUGUCAACCCCUCUACCGACAUGAACCGAAGAAUUGGCGCCCCUGGUGGUGGCGGAUUUGGCAGUCCAAUGAACAGAGGUCAAUCGACCUCGUCCUACCGGCCAUUGACACGGCCGAAUAUCGACCCCAGAAACGCAACGAACCCUGCGCUGGCGAAUAGAGGCAGCGUUGGACCGCAGAAUAUCAACGGCAAGAGGCCUCCGUUAAACGAUGUGACUAAUGCAGCAGCUGCUACCAAUGACCCUGAUUCCGUGCCUGGCGUUGUCGAUCCUAAGAGGCCUAAGUUCAACGCGAGUGACCCGAAUCAGCAACAACAGGCACAGGCACAGGCACAACGACUGCAACAAUAA